AUGAGUAGAUAUCCAAACGAUUUACAAGGUUUUGCUAGGCUUGUACAAGCACAGUUUGCACGUUCAAGAAAUGGCCGUAUGGGAGCAAGACCACCAAAAGGCGCUUCUAUGGGCAUUGGAGGGUUAGUAUUACUCGGUGGUGGUUUAAUGCUUGUAAACUCCUCUCUGUUCAACGUUGAUGGUGGUCACCGUGCUGUUUUAUAUUCAAGACUUACUGGUGUUAAACAAAAUGUUCUAAAUGAAGGUACACAUUUUGCUAUUCCAUGGUUCCAGACACCAAUUUUGUAUGAUGUCCGUUCAAAACCACGCAACAUUGCGUCUUUAACUGGUACUAAUGAUUUGCAAAUGGUUAAUAUAACGUGUAGAGUUCUAUCAAGACCUGAUGUGAAGCAUUUGACCACUUUACAUCGUACUUUGGGACCUGAGUACGAUGAGAGAGUGUUGCCAUCUAUUGUAAAUGAAGUUCUAAAAGGUGUUGUUGCACAAUUCAAUGCUUCCCAAUUAAUUACCCAGAGAGACGUUGUUUCUCGUUUAAUCAGAGACAACCUAAUGCGUCGUGCAUCCAAGUUCCACAUACUGCUAGAUGAUGUUUCCAUCACGCACAUGUCCUUCUCUCCAGAGUUUACACGGGCUGUAGAAGCAAAACAGAUAGCAGAACAAGAUGCACAGAGAGCCAGUAUUGUGGUUGACAAGGCUAAGCAGGAGAAGGUCGCAACCAUUGUGAGAGCUCAAGGUGAAGCCAGAUCCGCUGAGUUGAUUGGUGAGGCUAUCAAGAAGUCCAGAGAUUACGUCGAAUUAAAGAGACUACAAACUGCUGCAGAGAUCUCCCAAAUCCUGGCAAACUCUCCAAACAGAGUCAUCCUUGACAAUGAGGCGCUCUUGUUGAACACUAUCACUGACAGCAGAGUCAAAAAAUGA